AUGUCUCCGAGUCUUCACGCUUGCAGAAUUUGCGGGAAAAAAUUCGCAACCCCAAAAGGUGUGUAUGGUCACCAGAGGAUUCAUUAUGUUUCGCAACGGAUUUGGGGUUUUAAGGAGUCUAGGGUUUGCUCGAUUUCGACUUCUGCUAAAUCGACCUCCUUCGAAUCAGAAUCUCAUGAUCCAUCACGGAGACGAUACAAAGCCACCUCUUCGUUGUCACUCAAAAAAGCUUCUUCUUUUAUGACUGAGACUGAGCAACAUGAGAUGAAUGAAGCUGCAAUGAGCUUAGUUAUGCUUUCUGAACGACUUGUUGUUAUGAAGAAUUUGCCUCCUGGUGAUGAUGUUUCCAUGGAUUUGGAGGUGAAACCUAUGCAAGAGACGAUCAUAGGUUGCGCGGAGUCGAAACAAGAGGCCAUUGAAGUGUUGGGUUUUGAGAAGUCUGCGACUUGCAGUGGUGUUGCCAUGGAUUUAGAGCUUAAACCUAUGCAAGAGACGCACAUAGGUUGUGUGGAGUCGAAACAAGAGGCCAGUGAAGUGUUGGGUUUUGAAAAGUCUGCUACUUGCAGUGAUGUUGUUGCUCAAGCAUUACCUUCCCCUGUGAGGAGUAGUUUGCAGACAAAACCUCAGAGUAACUGUAGCUAUAGAUUCAAAAUAUGUGGCAAGAGUUUUCGACGUUCUCAAGCUCUAAGUGGUCACCAAACACUUCAAGGAUCGGUAAGAGAGCUAUUAGCGCGUAAAAGGACAUUUGAACAUGGUGAUUCUAUGUCUGGCUCACCUGAAGCUAAGAAGGUUGUUCUGCAACCAUCAUGCUCUGAAUUCUAUCAGGAGGAUUUGACUGGAGUUGGAGUUACUAAUGUGAAGGGACAUUGCGUUGAGCCGAGACAAGAGUUCAGUGAAGUGUUUUCUCACUCGGGUUUGGAAAAGUCUAGUACUUGGAGUGAUGAUAUUGCUCAACCAUUACCUUCUCCUCUGAGAUGUAAUUUGCAGAAGAAAACAGAGAGUGCCUCCAGAUAUAAAUGCAAAAUAUGUGGCGAGAGUUUUAAGUUUUUUCAAGCUUUAGGUGGUCACCAAAGGGUUCACAGAUCGAUUAGAGGCCAAUUAGCGCGUGGAAAGGAGAAUUUCGAAGGUGGUAAGUCACUGUUUGUGUUGACUGACUCAGGAGCCAAGAAGCUUGUUCCAAAGCCAUCAUCAUGCUUUGAAGUCUCUCGGGAGGAGUUGACUGAACUUAGAGAUACAAAUGUAAAGGAACAUUGUCUUGAGACGAAACACGAGUUCAGUGAGGUGUUUUCUCACUCGGGUUUUGAAAAGUCUGGUACUUGCAGUGAUGUUGCUGGUCAAGCAUUACUUUCUCCUCUAAAAAGCAAAUUGCAGACAAAACCACAGAGUAACUCCAGCUAUAACUGCAAAAUAUGUGGCAAGAGUUUUGUGUGUUUUCAAGCUCUAGGUGGACACCAGAAACUUCACAGAUCGAUGAGAUACAAAUUAGCGCAUAAAAAGAGGACAACUGAAGGUGUUAUUCACUGUCUGGCUCAUCAACCUUUGAAGACUCGCAGGGAACAUUAA